AUGGAGCAGAACGAAGGCCAACAAGACCCGGAGAGCGACGUCGUGACUCCAUUUGCCGAACUCAAGGAAGCGUAUUUCCCCGCUGCCGUAGUCGCUCUUCCCCAUAUUACAAGGCUCAUUGAGGUGUUUUCGAUGGCACCCGCAGAGGCCCUAACGGAGGCAACCAAAGCGGGGCAAGUGGACUGGGUUCAAAACCUAUUAGGUCGCUUCGGAUUCGACAUCUCGGAGGCCUUGGUGGAAGCUGCUAGCAAGGGUGAUUCGGCCAUUGCGGGGCUCCUGAUGGAUACCUUAGUCGGAGCUGAAGACGUGCAACAGGAUGUUGUGUGGGCUAUCGAGAGGUCGGGUGAGGCUGCAGCCCAGAACGGCCACCUACGAGCUGCCGAGCUCUUUUCCCACGAGAUCCGGUACUACUGCCGGUCCCUCAUGCCGACCCUAGAUAUGCUCAAUGCGGCCGCGGCCUAUGGACAUCUUGACGUGGUCAAGUUCGUCAUCGAGCAAGCAGAACAGGGUGGUUUUGUGGACGAGUACUGCCGGUUCCCUACGAGCGAUACGCUCUCCCGCGCGAUCACGGGAGGUCACCCUGAUGUUGUCGAGUUCCUUUUGACUCAUGAAAACCUCCGAUGGAACCUGAAAGAAGCGUUUUUAGCCGCGAUGAAUCAGAGAGAGCACGCUGUUGCAGAGCGGAUUUACACCAUGUACCCUCAACAACACCCAGGGAAAGAUUUGUUCAUCGAGCUCGCACUUUAUGGAUGCAAGGAAGCCGCCGACUAUUUGUACAGCAACGUCUGUCACAAGGAUCCCAGUGCGGUCAACAAAGCUCUUGAAAGCGCGACAGCGGGAAAUCAGACCUGCGUCGUCGAAUUCUUGCUGGAUAUCAUUGCAUAA